AUGAACUUUGAUUGGCACAUCACUGAGGUUACUGUAAUCGACCUGCCUUCUGUCAUUACUCACUUCCAAUCGCCUGCUCAUCAUGAUUCGCGUGCCUUGCCAGUGACUAUCCAGUGGCAGCACGAAAACGCUGAUCCGUCGACUCUUGGACCAGUUAUUGGUCUUCUUGCCAACGUGCAAACCAUUAUUUUCUGGGACACAUGUCUUUCCGGCCCUAUCUCACUUCUGAACACCACGGUUCAGGAGGUUGUCCUUUUGGACUGUUCGAUGACGCAGGAGGCUCUCCUGGGUUUGUUGACACCCUGGGGUUCUCUCUCGAUCAGUGGUGGGAGGACAAGAGCGACUGUGGGACCAAGCAGAGACGCGGAAGACCUUAUACUGCAAACGUUAUACAUCGAUUUCCAGGACAUUCCUCCCCAUUUCGGAUACUCCUUAUACUCCUGGCUUAGUACCGCUAGCAAAGUUAGGAAUCUCUAUGUGCGUGCAGAGUUGGACAUGGACACGGUCAUUGUUCAAGGCUUUCUGGAUCAAUGGUACUCUGAUAUCAAGCGCUUCAAAAUGAUCCAAGCAGGUUGUUGUGAAAAUCCGCUUUGGACCGCGAGUAUUCUUGAUUUUCAAAGUUGUCAUCGUUUGACAGAGUUGAAUAUUCAAUGCCGCGAUACGGAAUUGGUUCCUUUAACCUCCUCACUGGCCACGUUCCCUGCAAGACAAUUGGAGAUCGUGACAAUCGGGUUUCACGUCAAAUCUUGGGCGGACAAGACGGGGAGGUGGAAGUACAGUUCGGCCAUCCGUGAAUUCGAUGCACACUUGUUCAGACUGAUAGACCAUUCAAAGUUCAUAUUCCUAAGGCUUCAGCUGGGUUCACACUGGGUAGAGAAGGAUGAUGAGGUCGCUGUUUUUGUCCGACUUAAUAUGCUCAAUGUUAUGAGCUUGGCGCCCUCUAAAUUGCUAUUUCAUUGGCACUUUUUUAAUACAUCUAAAUUUAUCAAAAUUUGUGGCAAAUUUAGAACUGCGUGUUCCCUAAAUGGCAGUCUCGUAUCUGGCGAAAAAAGCUUCCAUGGAAUCGAGGGACUCCUUCAUCUAGAUCUGUCUACAGAUGUAAAUACGGAGGAAAAGUUAUGCCUUCCUAUAUCACUAUUUGUCAGUAUGGCUUCGAACGAAGUUACGGUGUACAAUCACAAUGAACCACCGAUUUUUGUGCCAAAGCCUCAUCCUCGGCCAAUCACCGAGAUUGUAGCCUUGCACCCAUUCCAAAAAUCGGGUUCUAUUGUCCACAUACGCACCGGCUCCGUUCCUUUGAGCGUGAUCUCAUUUCUGGCUCAUGUGGUUGAGAUAGCGGAGGAUGCCAAGUCCGUGUUCAAAAUGAAGGUCUCACUCGUCGUCUAUUUGAGUGACUUUGUCACAUACCACGCAAAAAGUUCCGAUAUCGAAUACCUCAUCCAUAUUUCUGCUGCUGUACCUUGGUUUGAAGCUUGGUACGAGGCUAGAACCAUGUUCCCUUUCGAUUGGUUGGAGCCAUACCUGAGACCAGGGUCAAUUGCUUACACCAACACUCCGAUCUUCAUUCAUGAGGGCCUCCAACAGGUCACUCAUGUAGUCGUAUUGACUACCUUCCUCUUACCUGGAUACGACCACCCUGUUACAGCACUCAGCCAUGUCCUUGUCGAAUGGGCGCAAAUUCACUUAACUCGUGGUGUCACCCUCCACGGUUUAGCCUAUGAGACAGUGUCAAGCAAGGAGACCCCAUACUGCACCGCCAUAUUACUUAUCAAGGCCGACGUCUCCGUGCCAACUGACACCAGGGCAUCAGAAACUUCUUACCCCCAUCCCACACGAAUGCAUCUUGGAACGGAUGCGAGUAGGACGUCAGGUGGUCUGAAUAUUAGAAACUAUUCCAAUGCCAUGCGUACUGCAGCGAACCUGCUGAUGUCUUUGGAUACGGAACCAUAUUCUAGUUUCGGUCAUUUCAAUUUACCUUUUCUAAAUGCGGGUCACUAG